GUAUGACAAGGUGUGACAUGAAAAUAGGAAGGGGGUCCUAAGUCCCCCGAGAGCGUGUGACAAAAUUUAACAUUGUUUGCUAUGUCUAUCCUAUACUUCGUCUGUGUUUUUAUGCAGAUGUCGCGACAUGUAAGUAUUUAAAUCUACGCGCAAACGUUAACAUUUUCGUAAGUAUUUCGCGGUAAAAUGGCGUUGUGGAAUAAAGUAUUAGCAGGAUUUGACAAAGACGAAGAAACAGUGAAUUUUGGUACACGAAUAGUCGCAGAAAAUAAUGAUUCGUUGUACGAAACCUUUACAUUGGCCACGAUACAAUCUGACGGAGAGGUAGCGAAACAACCAAAUGUUUUAGCAUCUGUGCAAUAUUCAAGAGUUUGUGUGGCAAUUGAUAAAUCAAUUACUAUAUUUGAAAAUGAAACGUGUGAAGAAAUGUUAUUGAGUGUCAGUUUUGGAUUACUAAUAGCAUGUUACUGUAUUUCUGACAAUGGUUUAUAUCUGUUUGUUGUAUUGUCAAAUGGAAUUUUAUAUUGUCUUCAUUUAUUAUCUCAAGAAGUAAUUUUUACAAAAAAUGUAACAAAAGAUGAUGAUCCUAUAGUAACUAUGUUUCUACAACAUGAAUGUGAUCAAUAUAUUAAUGUAUAUCUUGUUGCAAAAAGUGGAACUAUUUAUAGAGUAUCAAAUUUCAACUAUAAAAUUAUCGAAGCUGCUAUUUCAAAUGAAAAUGAUGAUAUAACAGUAAAGAAGGUUGCAGAAUUAGUUCAAUGUGCACAGUUGUUUAAAGGUUUUGUUAAUAAUGAGGUAAUAUAUGCUGCUAUAGGUGUAAUAAAUGAAGAAAUAUCAAUAGCUAUAUUGUGUUCAAAUAUGUUGUUUUUAUGGCCCAGUGAGCAUUAUAUUAAUUUUAAUGCAAAAUCUUCUAGUUAUAUUAAAGUAAAAUUUUUUAAGAAUAAUAUUGCAAUGUUAUGUUUAUGUAUGGAUAACACAUUGGAUAUGGUAUGUCCUCGAACUUUACUUGGUUUAAAAGUAUAUCAAAAACCAGUAUCAGACUUCGCAAUAAUUGAAAAUAUUGAUAGUAGUUUAUGUCAGAUUCUUAUUUUAGCAGCAAACGAUGGAGAACAUAAUGUAUGUACAUUGCGUCUUCUUUCAUUUCCAGACUUUGAACAGAAGUUUCAAAUAGAUGUACCUAUCUCUGUAUAUCUUGUGGAAAUCAUGGAUCCCCGUGAUGAAAUAAUUUUAUUUUUAGAAGGGAUAAACAAUUUUCAGAAUAAUAUUAAGUAUAUAGAUACAAUUAGAAUAAAGACUGUAUCUGAAAGUCUACCGGAAUACCAGUUACAACGUUUAAUACGAAAAGAGCAGUUUGAUAAAGCUGAAAUUUUUGCAAAAAAAUUCAGUUUGUCCACAGAAUCUAUUUACUUUGCAAAAGCAUCAUUAUUAAUAUCUAAGUUUGGACCUUGGACAAAAAAUGGUUCCAAUCUAAUUCAAAUAGAUGAUCUUCUUAGUAUAUUAGAUAAAAUAGAAAAUGUGCAACAUAUAGUAGAAUGUUGUAGUAAGGCUCUUAUACCACAAUAUAAAGAAAUGAAAAAAAUUUAUUUAUACGCGCGGACAAAGAUAACAGAAAAUACUGCAAAAAUGGUAUCCGAAGAUCAUCUGAAUCUUCUGUUUUCAAUUAAUAGUAUACUGCAUAAAUUAGAAACAUUUCAUUUGAUUUGGGGAUUUAAACAAGAUUUUGAUUGCUAUGAUGAUGAUACUAUGAAAGAAUGGAUAAGAUUUUCACGAGCGAAUUUGAUGAAAGAAUAUAUGACAUAUUUAAGUCUAGGAGAAAUGGAAGCUGCUACACUGAUUUGGUCCAGACAUCUCCCAGACAUAAUGGAACAUAUAUCUGUGAAUUUUGUAAAAGAUAUAUUUUCAACCCUUGAUGAAAAAUUAUCUCCAUCUGUGCUUUGGCCAUGGUUAUCACAUUUUAUACCUACUUUACUAUCUUUUAUUCCUGAUGCCAUAUGUGAAAUUAUUUCCUGGGGAUGCAAGAAAGUUAAAUUAUGUGAACAAUUACAUCAUAAUUUAUGGCCUCAAAUUGGAAUUGAUUUUAGUAAUAAAUUUAUAAAAUUACUCAGACUCGAAGAGAAUCAUCAUUCUUUAGUUAUUCACCAUGAAUACUUAAGUAAUGAUUCAAAUUUGAAACAAUUUGUUUCUUUAAUACAAGCCAUGUCUGAUAUACAAAAAUUGAAAGUUACAUAUAGAUUAACAAUAUCUCUUGAUGCUUACAUGGGAGACCCUAUUGAAGUAUCAUAUAUAUUACUGGAUAAGAUACAUAUUGACAUUAUUCCAGAUUUUAUAAAUCAUUUUUUAAAACAAUAUAUGCUGAAUAAUUCUUUGCAAAAUGACUAUACUCUCUCUUCGUAUAUACAGAAAAUAAUGAGAAAUUCUAAAAGUUGGUGGUCAGGCGAAGAAGCUCCAUGGGAAAGACGUGUUGUUGUGAUAAUUGGUUUAAUUCAAGAUAUAGAAACUAGAUUGCAACAAACACUAGAAAUAUUAAAAAAUGCUUCAGUACCAUGGAGUUCAAUUAUGGUGAAUUUGGCAGAAAUAAGUAGUAAUUUGGACCACACUUUAGCAUCUCAAAUUAGAAUAGAAGUUAGCUACGUUUCAAUAAAGCUUAUAUUAAAGAAGUAUAAAUACGAGCAUGUUGGUAUAAAUGAUAAAUUAAUUUAUCGUAUAAUAAAAGAAAAUCAUGAGGACAUGAUUUCGGAUAUUCAACAAAUAACUAAAAAUGAUCCAUUAUUACAAAAGAAGGCAUUGUCAUCUUGUACAAAUUACUAUUUGUCUAGAGGGAAUGUUACAAAGGUAAUGGAAUUAUUAAACUCUAUGGAGGCUAAUAUUUUAUUACAUUGCUGCAUUCAAAUUGUAAAUCAUGUUUCAGCUAGUUUAACUUUGAAGAAUAUGCCUAAAUCUAUUGAACAUUACGUUGAAAUGUUGGGUUGGGUGAAAUUACAAUUCCAGGGAAUGUCAAAAAAAUAUAAAGUUCAAUCUCACUACUAUGAUAGCAUUAUUGUUAGUAUAGCCGAAAUAAAAUCAAUGUAUGUAUUAAAAAAGGAAUUUCAAAUUAACAUUUCAAUAAAAGAAUAUGCAACAGAAAAAAAGAAAAUAUUGAAGAACUAUAUUGAAAAAUUAUGCAAUGAGAAUAUACAAAAGAAUGAUAAUUUUAUUAUUGUGUAUACAAAAAUUAUAAAAGUAGCAGACCUACUUGAAAUGCAAAAAAUUGAUGCUGUAUGUAUGUUAUUAGAGUGGACAAAAAAUAUAGAUAUAUUUAAAUAUUUUGCCAGAUGUAAAGAAGAACGAAUAAGUAUAACAUUAAAUGAAUGUCCAUACAUGUUCAAAAUGUGUUUAAUGAUGUUACAACAUAUUAAAAUGGAUGAAGAUAUUGUCAUCACUAUACAAAAUUUAAUUUCUUCUACAUUAUGUGUUUGUGCAGAUGAUCAAUUGCAGUCUAUGUUGUUAUUAUUUGUUGGAAUAAAUUUGUAUCAGGAGUGCUUUAAUAAAAGUAACAAACAUGGUUCAAGUGUGUUUGAUACAAAACAAGAAGAAAUGUCAAAAAUGGAUUGGAAGUUAUACACAAUAUAUAAAGAUCUAGCUAUUGCUGCAGACGAAUUAAUUCUAUCAUUAUUUAGAGAUAUGAUCUCCAUGCAACAACUUUAUUUAAACUCCUGUAAUAUAGAUGCUGAAUAUUUAAAAAUAGAUGACAAUCAAGAGUCGUUAAAGAAUUUACUUGAUAAAAUGAGGAAAUUAAAAGUGGAGCAUAAUGAAUAUUGCCUGCUACAGAUUAUGAAGACUUUAUAUUUCAAUUUUUAUAUUCUAAUAGACGUAAAUUCUGAUUUACUAACAGAAAUUAAAACAGUAUAUUAUCAAUUUUUAAUAAUAUUGUUAAAAAAGGUAAUAAGUUCGCGAACAUUUGAUCCCUAUCUUGGGUUAUCCUGCUUAUUUAUGUUACCCGAAUUAGAGACGUGCAAAUGGAUCUCUUCUACUUGCAAAAUAUAUCAGUUAGAUUGUACUCGACACUUCAGAAUAUCAAUACUUGGGUAUGAAUAUUUCCGUUUGUGUAAAAAUCCAUCAAUCUUAAAAACUUAUAAGGAUAAUAAAAUAUUGCACUCUUGGGCACAGAAAUUAUUGAAAUAUUCUAUUUCAUACAAAGAAAUUUUAACAAGUGAUGCAAUAGGAAAAAGGGACAUAUUGCAACGCAUUAUGAAUUAUAAUGGCGAUAAUAUGAUUACUUUACUUCAAGAUUUUUGUACUGACUUUGGUUUUAAUAUACAAGACUGCUUAUUGAUAUAUUUGCAAACAAUAGUAAAAUCAUGGAAUCCAAAAUUAAAUAUAUCCAACCUUAAUGGAAAGAAAGAAUUACAUAUCGACGAGGAUGAAAUAUAUGAACUAAAAAGAAAGUGUAAUAUGGUGGCUGCUAAAAUUUUAGAUAAAGUUGCCUUAAAAAAUUAUAUCAUUACUAUGUUAUCACAAGUCAAUUUUUAUCAUUAUGAAAUAUUUAUAAUCCUUAUGGAUCUUAUAGAAGACAAAAAUAUUGAACAUAGAAAUUACUUUUGUUUCCUACAAAAUUAUACUCGAAAUAGUCAACCGACGCAAAUAGAACGCGAUGAAUGGAUGCAUCUUAAUCCAAGAUAUACAUCUCUACCACCUAUAUCUGUAUGGCGAUUACCUUUUUUGCCUAAAAUUGAAUUAUGGACUUUUAUAACUCCAGAAUUGAAUUUAAAAAGUUACAAAAAGUGGUUGGAUAUAGCGCCUAUUCUUAAAUUACAACCCCAUAUCAUAUGUACACUAGCCAUUAAAGGAGAAAUAACACGUACAUGGGGAAAUAAACACAAAACAAACAAAUGGAGUCUCUGUCCGAAAAACAGUAGUUUAUUAAACGAUAUAAAAAAAUGUAUAGAACAGAUGACUGGACCGAAUGCAUUAUAUUAUAGCACAGCAGCGUUAUAUUAUGUUGUCAAUCAUACACCUCCAGGUGCUGAUCAAGUAGCAGCUGUCGAAGAAUGUUAUAAAUAUGCUCUACUAUCUGUUCAGAAAUCUACUAAGUUUGAAGAAGGAAUGCUUGAGAAAAUAAAAUUCAAGUAUUUACACUUUACAUCAGAACAUAUCUUACGUACACAUGGUUUAGGAACCUCAAAUUAUUUAUCAUUGAUUGGAAAUCCAUACAAGUUAGUUCGUGAAUUGUAUACAGACGAAAGCAUACCACAAAGAUAUCGAUACAUUACAGAUCAUAGACCAGAUAUAAAUUCUGCAGUUAAAGCGAUCAGUGAACUAUGUUCAAUUAAUAUAGUUAAAUUGCGAAUGGAAUUGUUGCAAGAAUGGUUACAGCCAGAUAUUAAGUAUAUGAAAUUUAAUCAAAGUAUAACGGACACGUUUUCAAUGGUAACAAAUUCUGAACCAAAUUCGAAUUCUGAUGAUAAUUUAUUAAGACUGUGUUAUAUUCUGGAGUAUGGAGAUCUUGAAUUGUCAGCAAAUUUUCUAAUAAAUAUAGGUUUCUGCGAAAAUAAUGAAGAUCACAGUCCUGAAGUUCGUUACAGAGCUCUAUGUGUAUUGCAAACCAUACUUGAUGCUUCUAAAUUAGAAGAUUUAACUAAACGCGAUAUUCAAACAAUUAGAGAAUAUAUGAAGUCUCUAAAGUAUAUAGGUAGACUAGAAUCAUUAGGAGUUGGAUACAAUGUACAUACAUUUGAAACAAGUUCCAAGCAUGAAUUAGUACAAAUAUUAUGGAAGACACAAAAUUAUUCGCAACAAGCACUUAUUCUUAUUGCCCAAAUAUGUAUAGACUUUGAAGUAUACGAAUAUACCUUAUGGGAUAAAAAUUUAACGCAAUUAGCUAAAUUUUUAAUGAUUAAUGAACUAAAAAAGAUUUUAUUACAAGUGCGAAACAUAAGUGUGAUUGUAAAUUGUAAUGGCUACUUGUUAGGAUGGCAAGUAGUAAUUUCAGAACCAUUCAGAAAAAUGGAUUUAAAUCCAAGUCCAGAGCAAAUAGACAAUUGCGUUGAAGCGUUAAAACUGCUGCAUUCAUGUCCAGUUGUACAUACGUUAUAUUUCAGUGAUAUUAUAAAAUACUGUUUUCAGUGCCAACAAUCCCACUUAGCUGCUGCAAUUUUACCCUUUUUAAACGAUGAUGAUAAAAAAUAUGUUUUAGAGGUAAGUAGUUUAGCUUUUAAUAAACUAUGAUUGAUUGAAGUAUAUAAAAUAUUCAACAAGAUUUAAACAAAAUUGCUUAUAGAAAAUCAAGAAUACAUCGAAUCUUACAAAUGUCUUAAAGAAUUUAAAUGACUUGUUGUCAAAUGGCAUACUUUGUGUGAGUUAUGUAAGUAUAUUGAUUCGUU